CCGUGGAUUCCUCUCUCCCCGUGCUGUCUUCCCCCCACUCGCCAGUUCUGUGAUGAUCACGCCGUGGCUGCCUCCUUAGAGUCCCUCCCGGCCCUUUAAAUACCGCGUGGGGUUACGGGGAAGCUGGGGGUGGUUGGACUGGUGAGUUGUGGAGGUCCUAGUGCCGCGCUGGGUGAGGGGACACCCAGAGACCCCUGACCUGGGCUCACUCAGUCGCCGUUCUCCUCCGCUUGUCUCCGCGCCGGGCCCGGUGCUAUCUCUUUACCCACACUCAAGGGACACAAGAUGCCCUUCCAUGGCGAGAAGCAGUAUGUGGGCGAGGACCAGCCAAGCGAUUCAGACUCCUCCAGGUUCUCCGAAAGCAUGGCUUCAUUCAGUGACUAUGAGUGCUCCAGGCAGAGUUUUACAAGUGACUCCUCCAGCAAAUCCAGCUCUCCUGCUUCAACAAGCCCUCCCAGGGUUGUAUCAUUUGAUGAAGUGAUGGCUGCAGCAAGGAACUUUGCAGACAUGACUCUUGCUCAUGAAAUUGCUAUAAAUGAGAACUUUAUAUUGAAACAAGAUGCCCUCCCUGAGAACAGCUUGGCCAGCCAAGUGAAGCAUAUUGUCCACCAGGCUUUCUGGGAUGUCUUGGAAUCAGAAUUGAAUGCUGAGCCUCCAGAGUAUGAACACGCAAUCAAACUGUUUGAAGAAAUCAGAGAGAUUCUUCUCUCUUUUCUGACUCCUGGUGGCAACCGGCUUCGCAACCAGAUCUGCGAAGUUCUGGACACAGAGCUCAUUAGGCAGCAGGCCGAGCACAGUGCUGUGGACAUUCAGGGCUUGGCCAGCUACGUCAUCAGCACAAUGGGAAAGCUGUGUGCGCCCGUGAGAGAUGACGACAUCCGAGAAUUAAAGGCCACUGGCAACAUCGUGGAGGUGCUGAGACAAAUAUUUCAUGUCCUGGACCUCAUGAAAAUGGACAUGGUCAAUUUUACAAUUAAGAGUCUUAGACCACAUCUUCAACGCCAGUUGGUGGAUUAUGAGAGAACCAAGUUCCAGGAAAUUUUAGAAGAAACUCCAAGUGCUCUUGACCAAACUACGGAAUGGAUAAAAGAAUCUGUAAAUGAAGAAUUACUUUCCCUUUCUGAGACUGCUUCAACUCCUGGGGCGGAACACAGCUCCAAGCCAAGCCUGAGGCCUACACUGGUGCUAAAUAACAGUUAUUUGAAACUGUUGCAGUGGGAUUAUCAGAAAAAAGAAUUACCAGAGACCCUGAUGACAGAUGGAGCGCGUCUUCAAGAACUGACAGAAAAGCUGAAUCAAUUGAAAGUCAUUGCCUGCCUGUCCGUAAUUACCAAUAGCAUCGUGGGUUCUGUCAUAGAAGGCCUACCUGAGUUUGCAAGCAGGUUAAAAAGGAUUUCAGCUGUUCUACUUGAAGGCAUGAACAAAGAGACCUUUAACUUGAAGGAAGUCCUGAAUUCUAUUGGUGUUCAGACUUGUGCUGAGGUUAACAAGUCCCUGCUGGAGAGAGGCUUCCCCACUUUAAAUGCUGACGUUCAAGCUAAUCUCAUAGGUCAAUUUUCAAGCAUCGAAGAAAAGGACAAUCCUAUCCGGUCUUUGAUUGAUAAACGAAUCCAGCUAUACUUGAAGAGCCUCCUUUGUCUUCCAAGCCCUCAAAAAUGCAUGCCUCCUGUACCUGGAGGCCUUGCUGUCAUUCAGCAGGAGCUGGAAGUGCUAGGCUGUCAAUACGCAAACAUUGUGAAUUUCAACAAACAAGUGUAUGGACCAUUUUAUGCAAAUAUACUUCGAAAGCUGCUCUUCGGUGAGGAAGGGCUGGGGAAGGCGGAUGCCUCAUCUCCUGCUAACUAAAGAGGAACUAAGAGGAACUGACUGACAUUGGACGAGAGAUUGGAAAUCCAGCCCUUCGGUACCCAGUCUGUUUCCAUCGAUGGCAUUACAGAUGUGACACAUUCUCAGUCCCAUCCGUGGUGCAGUGUUAGCCCGCGUCUGUGUAACCCAGUAAUGGUAGCAUUGCAGAAGACACGCUCAUCACCUAGUCCCAUUCAUGCAUCAUUUUCAAGUUCAGAAGAGAUGUUUUUCAUGAACAGAAAGCAAUUUGUAAUCAAUUAUAUUACCUAUAUACUACUUGUAAAUGUUUUCUUAAAAGCAUUUAUAUCUGGCUUAUUCAUUCAACCCUUAAGGAGUUGUAGCUCCUCACUUGUCACUAUCAAAUCGAAUGGUUUUUAACUUUGGUACAACUUAAAAGGGUUGAAAGUUGUGAGAAUAACGAAGGGGAUUGGUAUUCUGAAUAUAUGAUGUGAAGGAAGCAUAAUUGUAUUUGAAAUGUACAAUGAAAUUUUAUUAAUGUGUAACAAAAACUUACAUAGUAAGUCCUAAAAUUCCACAGAUGUAGCUAUUCACAUUUUAUAAUACCAAUUGUCAGUAUUUGUGUAGAGUUUAAAUUUAUUACAUCUUUUAAAGCUAUAUGCAAAUUUUAGAUAAAACCUCCCUUGUUCAUUUAGUGAAAAUAGAAACAAAUGCCUUCUAAAAUUUUAUUCUGGAGGUUGAUUUAUUCUUGCAAUCCUGCUCUCUGAGAGAAAUAAUUUUUGCACAAAUCUCUUAGUGAAUGUCUUUGCAUUUCUCAGGCCAUUGGUAAGGAUUAUAUAAGAUUUUAAUAUUUUUACACAAGGCAGAUGGUUUGAAUUAGUUUACUUGUAAGAAGGGAAGUUAACAAAACAAGAUGCCCAGGAGAUCCCCAUUCUCAGUGACGUUCACAAAAAAAGGAAUAAACUUUGGAUUUUUUAACCAUAUAAAUUGCAACAAAUGCCUGCUGCGCUGAUUAAAUUGUGUAACCCUGCUGUGACCAAGAUGCUCUUCUAAGUAGCAUUACCAUUUGACAUUUGUGAGCAUUAAAUCAAACCUUGCCAAGCGGGCACUGCUUGUCAUUGGAUAUUAGAAAAUUCUGCCUGUCCUGGAAUUACAUGCUUCAUUUGAAGUGUUAAGGGGAAGCACUACAGUUUGGGUGGACUCAGUCCAGAAAGUGCUUUAUUUACAUAAAACACAUUUUUGAUUGUUUCGUUUAAUAAGGACUCAUUGAACCUUACUAGGAUGGUGGGGAAGAGUGGUAAGAGGUCAAAAGAAGUUCUCGCCUCUCUUCCUCGCCCCCUUUUCCUCCCCACCACCUCCACCAUUAUGGUGCUACUCCUUUAUUUGACAAAGUUCUAGGAAAGGAGUAUGUGAAUAGAUUAUCUCCAAUCUUCACAUUUUGGAGGGAUCUGCCAAAAUUUGAGGAAAUUUUGAAAGUCAAUUUUUUUUCUCACAAUGACCAAUACAUAUAAAUCAGCCAUUCUGUCCAUUUAAGCAGCUGUACAUAAGUUGAAAUUUACUGAAGAGCACGUUAUUAGCCUUACCCAUUUCUUCCCUCUUUCUGUUUGCACGCUGCCCAUGCUUAGAAACCAUAAGGUGCUGAAGAUUUGUUUUCAUUUUCUCUUGAAGUAGUUUUCAACUUUGGGGCAUGGGUGGCAGGGAGGGUCUGACAUAGAAAAGUAGUGUGAUUUUUUUUUUUUUUUUUUUUUUUGUCGCUUUCUGGGGUGAACUGUAUACUGAACAGGAAGACCAGGUGCGUUUUUCAAUUAUCAGAUUGGAAUCCAGCUGGUAUUCUUAUAUACUUGAUUAUACUGCAGUUGCCAGCAGGAAAACAAUGUACAAACUUUUUUUUUAAUGCAUUUAAAAUGAAGGGCAUUCUGCUUUUUUUCUUUUUCUAAGUGGCAAAAUAAAUCUCAGUGUCUCAAGUCUGGAUUUAGGCAACUGCAUUUAUUAGGAUUUUUAAAUCAUAUCCCUUAGCAUGUUAUUUGGUUUUUAUCUAAAUGUUUACUUCUACUUUUAGGGUUUUCUUAACAUGGUCUUGUUUUGUAAUGUCAGUUUUAUUAAACACCAUACACACCUUUUCAUUCAUCUACCGCUAAAACAUGUAUUGUGUGCACUGUUUAAUUUUAAACAUUAAACAUUGUUUCAACACA